AUGGAUUUAGUUUGCCAAGGCACAAGUAACAGACUCACCCAGCUAGGCACUUUUGAAGACCACUUUCUGAGCCUGCAAAGGAUGUUCAAUAACUGUGAAGUGAUUCUUGGGAAUUUGGAAAUUACCUACGUGCAAAGGAAUUAUGAUCUUUCCUUCUUAAAGACCAUCCAGGAGGUUGCUGGCUACGUCCUCAUUGCCCUCAACACGGUAGAGAGGAUUCCCCUGGAGAACUUGCAGAUCAUCAGAGGAAAUGCACUCUAUGAAAACACCUAUGCCUUGGCAGUCCUGUCUAACUACGGGGCAAAUAAAACAGGGCUGAGGGAGCUGCCCAUGAGGAACUUACAAGAAAUCCUGCUUGGUGCUGUGCGAUUCAGCAACAACCCAGAACUCUGCAAUGUGGAGACCAUCCAAUGGCGGGACAUCGUCAGCUAUGAGUUUCUGAAAAACAUGUCAAUGGACUUGCAGAGCCACUUGAGCAGCUGCCACAAAUGUGAUCCAAGUUGUCCCAAUGGAAGCUGUUGGGGUGCAGGAGAAGAAAAUUGCCAGAAACUCACCAAAAUCAUCUGUGCCCAGCAGUGUUCACGGCGCUGUCGUGGAAAGUCCCCUAGUGACUGCUGCCACAACCAGUGUGCUGCUGGUUGCACUGGGCCCAGGGAGAGCGACUGUCUGGUCUGCCACAAGUUCCGAGAUGAGGCCACAUGCAAGGAUACCUGCCCACCACUCAUGCUCUACAACCCCACCACCUACCAGAUGGAUGUCAACCCCGAAGGGAAGUACAGCUUUGGUGCCACUUGUGUGAAGAAAUGUCCUCGGAACUAUGUGGUGACAGAUCAUGGCUCAUGUGUCCGGGCCUGCGGUCCUGAUAACUAUGAAGUAGAAGAAGAUGGCGUUCGCAAGUGUAAAAAGUGUGAAGGGCCCUGUCGCAAAGUUUGUAAUGGAAUAGGAAUUGGUGAAUUUAAAGACACACUCUCUAUAAAUGCUACAAAUAUCAAACACUUCAAAAACUGCACUGCCAUCAGUGGAGACCUUCAUAUCCUGCCUGUAGCCUUUCGAGGUGACAACUUCACCCAUACUCCUCCUCUAGACCCAAAGGAACUGGAUAUUCUAAAAACUGUGAAGGAAAUAACAGGGUUUUUGCUCAUUCAGGCUUGGCCGGAAAACAGGACUGACCUCCAUGCUUUUGAGAACCUAGAAAUUAUACGUGGCAGGACAAAGCAACAUGGUCAGUUUUCUCUUGCGGUUGUCGGCCUGAACAUAACGUCCUUGGGAUUGCGCUCCCUCAAGGAGAUAAGCGAUGGAGAUGUAAUAAUUGCAGGAAACCGAAAUUUGUGUUAUGCAUAUACAAUAAACUGGAAAAAACUACUUGGGACUUCGGGUCAGAAAAUCAAAAUCACAAACAACAGAGGUGAAAAAGACUGCAAGGCCACAGGCCGUGUCUGUCAUCUUUUAUGCUCCUUGGAUGGGUGCUGGGGCCCAGAGGCCAGAGAUUGUGUUUCCUGCCAGAAUGUCAGCCGUGGAAGAGAGUGUGUGGACAAAUGCAACAUUUUUGAGGGGGAGCCAAGGGAGUUUGAGGAGAACUCUGAAUGUAUCCAGUGCCAUCCAGAAUGUCUACCCCAGCCCAUGAACAUUACCUGCACAGGCCGGGGACCAGACAACUGCAUAAAGUGUGCCCAUUACAUCGAUGGCCCUCACUGUGUUAAGACCUGUCCAGCUGGUAUCAUGGGCGAAAACAACACCCUGGUGUGGAAGUAUGCAGAUUCCAACCGUGUCUGCCACCUCUGCCAUCAGAACUGUACCUAUGGGUGUUCUGGGCCAGGUCUUAAAGGCUGUCCAACCAAUGAGACCAAGAUCCCAUCCAUCGCCAUUGGGAUCGUGAGCGGUCUCUUCUUGAUGGUGGUGAUCGCACUUGGCAUCGGGCUCUUCGUGCGCCGACGCCGCAUCGUCCGGAAGCGCACACUGCGCCGUCUCCUGCAGGAGAGAGAGCUCGUGGAGCCCCUCACUCCCAGUGGAGAAGCUCCUAAUCAAGCCCUGCUGAGGAUCUUGAAGGAAACAGAAUUCAGAAAGACCAAAGUGCUGGGCUCUGGAGCAUUUGGCACUGUGUAUAAGGGACUCUGGAUUCCAGAAGGAGAGAAAGUUAAGAUUCCUGUGGCCAUCAAGGAACUCAGAGAAGCAACAUCUCCCAAAGCCAACAAGGAAAUCCUUGAUGAAGCCUACGUGAUGGCCAGCGUGGACAAUCCCCAUGUGUGUCGCCUUCUGGGCAUCUGCUUGACCUCCACCGUCCAGCUUAUCACACAGCUCAUGCCCUUUGGCUGCCUCCUGGACUAUGUCCGAGAGCACAAGGACAACAUUGGCUCACAGUACCUUCUCAACUGGUGUGUGCAGAUUGCAAAGGGUAUGAACUAUCUAGAAGACCGGCGCUUGGUACAUCGUGACCUGGCAGCCAGGAAUGUCCUGGUAAAGACACCACAGCAUGUCAAGAUCACAGAUUUUGGGCUGGCCAAACUGCUUGGUGCUGAUGAGAAAGAAUACCAUGCAGAAGGAGGCAAAGUGCCUAUCAAGUGGAUGGCUUUGGAAUCAAUUUUACACCGGAUUUAUACCCACCAAAGUGAUGUCUGGAGCUACGGAGUCACAGUUUGGGAGCUGAUGACCUUUGGAUCCAAGCCUUAUGAUGGAAUUCCUGCAAGUGAAAUCUCAUCCAUCCUGGAGAAAGGAGAGCGCCUUCCACAGCCACCCAUCUGCACUAUUGAUGUCUACAUGAUCAUGGUCAAGUGCUGGAUGAUAGAUGCAGACAGCCGCCCUAAGUUCCGUGAGCUGAUUGUCGAAUUCUCCAAAAUGGCCAGAGACCCUCAGCGCUACCUUGUCAUUCAGGGGGAUGAAAGAAUGCACCUGCCAAGCCCUACAGACUCCAAUUUUUAUCGUGCCUUGAUGGAUGAAGAGGACAUGGAAGAUGUUGUUGAUGCCGAUGAGUACCUCAUCCCCCAGCAGGGCUUCUUCAAUAGCCCAUCUACAUCUCGAACUCCUCUUCUAAGUUCUCUGAGUGCAACCAGCAAUAACUCCACUGUUGCUUGCAUUAAUAGAAAUGGGCAGAGCUGUGCUGUCAAGGAAGACAGCUUCUUGCAGCGGUACAGCUCAGACCCCACUGGUGCCUUGACAGAGGACAACAUAGAUGACAUUUUCCUCCCUGCACCUGAAUACAUAAACCAAUCCGUUCCCAGAAGGCCAGCAGGCUCAGUACAGAACCCUGUCUAUCACAACCAACCCCUGCAUCCAGCUACCAGCAGGGACCCACACUACCAAAAUCCCCAUAGCAAUGCUGUGGGCAACCCUGAGUAUCUCAACACGGCUCAGCCUACCUGUGGUAACAGCAUGUUUGACAACCCUGCCCACUGGGCCCAGAAGGGCAACCACCAAAUUAGCCUGGACAACCCUGACUACCAGCAGGACUUCUUUCCUAAGGACUCCAAGCCAAAUGGCAUCUUUAAGGGCCCUACAGCUGAAAAUGCAGAGUACCUACGGGUAGCACCACCCAGCAGUGAGUUUAUUGGAGCAUGACCAUGGAGGGUAGUAGCAUCAGCCAUAAAACUUCCAGACUCUUCAGAGACCCAGGGCCAAGUCAUGGCAGCUAUUCUACUCUUAAAAGACAUGCCUGUGUUAACUCAUACCCAUGAACUGGUUUUACCAUAUUAACUUUGAUCAACCUUUCUUUUAGCCCAGAAGUACUCCUUUCCUCUGGGACAUUGCAGGUACAUUCCUUGGUCUUCAAACUGUGAAGCUCCCACAAAAGAAAGCAUCUGGAAAGAUGUCCAUUUGAGCAGAGGUUAUGGUGAGACUAUAUAUAUAUAUAUAUAUAUAUAUAUAUAUAUAUAUAUGUCUGCAUAUAUAGAUAUAUAUAUGUACUGCUUGGAAAUAGUUGGGAUGUUUAAUUGCCAUUGUGGACAUUGGUUUACUGGGUUCUUCCAAGGCAGAAGAAGCUUGCCUGAAAUACUUGCUACACCAAAUUAUUCCAGGCCCAGUUAUAACCAAGGAACAUGGACUCCAACUCUUCCAGCCAGCACUUGAAUCCACCAGCACUGUUUCAAGAUUCUUCCAUUGAAAGACAAGCAAAAUGUACAAGAAGUCCUGUAUGUUCUAAGCAGGCCUCAUUGGUACUAUAUUAAAUCAUGGCAGGUACUAUAUAUAGGAUAAGCCACUUUGUCCCUUCCUGGGCAAAGAAGAAAUGAAAGAAUUCUCUUUCAGACUGUUUUUUGUAUAAAUGUGUCCAUGGUACUUAUUUCCUAUUAGUUCACCAGUGUUUUCUAAUAAUUACUGUUAGACUUACUUGUUUCUUUUCCAUUCCAUUGUCUUGAAGUUUAAUAUGCUUUCCCUGUGUUGAGGUCAUGAAGAAGAUAGUAGAUCAAGAAUAACUAACAGGCUAUGUUUUAGCUCCUCAGUGUUCAGACCAGUUGCCCUUAACUAAGACAUUCACAGAAGAACCUGGUUCCAAAUUUUAGCCUUGGCUAAACUGUGUCAAGUCCUUUAGGGGCAUAUAUCAUGAGACCCACAGAAUAAGACUGUUCUUAAUUCUUAUUUUUCCCAUCUAUACUCCAAAAUUAGUUUGGACCACUCAUGGAAUUAAUCUCCCUUUAGGAGAUUUUGACUUGUAAGGGCAUGUGUUUCUCCCUGGUAAGCUACCCCAAAACCUCUCUGUGCGAGCAUGCAAUAAUUUACAGCUCAUAGUAGGGCUUUUCUCUGGGUGCCAAGAUAAGAUAACAUUAAGUACAGAAAGGAACUCAACUGGCAAAAAGGCAAAUAGAAUUUGAGGUUGAUAUAUAAUGUUUUCAUAACCUCCACAGAUAUUUCAGGGAAGGUUUUAUCAUAACGCAACUUCUCUCUCACUGGAGGAUCUAGCUAGUUGCUCAUCUUUGUAAUCCAUUGGUUAAAUAUUCUUAGUCUAUAUACAUUCUUUCCAGUGUAUCAAGGAAUAAAUCCCUGAUUCUGAGAUUCUCCCUGGGUAGACAAGGGAGAUCUCCAAGGUGGUAACAUUGCCAUUAGACCUUUAAAUAAGUAGCAAGGACUUAGCAACAGAGAAAUGGAAAGUAUGUUCCUAGCCAAAGAAGCCAUGAUGAGGAAAGAACUGCCGGAGAAAUCCAUUCAUAUCAGUCAUUCUAACAUUGUUCCUUUUGGCCUGGGAACUAGGCUUGUAGCAUCCUCCAACUCCCUAAAUGUUACCUCCCUCCUGGGAAUUUUGGUCUCUCAUCUAUUUAAAAAAAAUGAUUAGUGAGAAGAUUAAACAGUAUUUUUAGAAUCUGAGGUUUCCUGGCCUUGUCAGCAAACCAUUUCCAUUAUCUAUUCCCCUUAGAACGUAAAAGAAAAAUUGUAGCCAUAUGUGUCUUCAAAACUAGUAAACGGAAUGAGUAACAUUCUAGGGAGAGUAGAUAUAAGUCAAAUUAUAGCAACAAAAUUCUAGUAUUUUUGUACUUUGAAGGGCUGUCUCCUACCUAGCAUUAUAAAACAGCAAAUUUUAUUCAAGCUUGCUUUUCUUUUCUUGUGUAUUCCCAUUCUCCUGCACAAAAUUUAUUUGUUAUUAAUCUUAACAUUGAGUUUCCCAAAAUGUUCUCCUAUCUGUGCAGGGAGAAGGGGGUCUGUGGGAGCUGCAAGGCCUCAGUCUCUCUUUAGGGACCACAGUGGCUAAAGUGGGUAGGACAAGAGAGGAGCAGCACAGGGUCCAAAAUGUCCAUAUUAUAGCCCUGACUAGUCCAGUUUCAAAGCCUGUACAA